AUGCCAUCAUCCGACUACAACAACGCCGUCGGCGGCGGCCUAAAACUAAAAGGCACCGGCGCGGGCAUCGACAAGAAAAAGAAAAAGAAGAAAAAGGAACCCCAACCCAGCAACGAAACCACCAAUUCCUCAGAAAAACUCCAAGAUAGCAGCAACGAAAACAAAAAAUCUCUAGCCAUCCAAAAAGCCCUCGCCGAAGAAGACGAAGCAGACACCAAAGAGAAAGAUUCGAAAGCUUAUGGCAAAACUGAAGCGGAGCGUCGACAUGAAGAGAGGAGAAGGAAAAGAUUGGAGGAGAGAUUGAAAAGGGAAGGGGUUUUGACACAUAAGGAACGGGUGGAGCAGUUGAAUAAGUAUUUGAGUACGUUGAGUGAGCAUAAUGAUAUGCCGAGGAUUGGACCUGGGUAA